UCUACCAUAUCUGGAUCUUGAGAAGAAGAUUUUUGAAACUUUAGUCAAUUGACCCUUUUAGAUGCAUAAUUUUAUAUACCAACUAAAAAAAAACCUGCUUAAAAAUCAAGGGAAUGCAGUCAAAAUAUGUUUGAACUAAUGUACAAUAGUCUUCGGCUUGCAUUGUUUGCUAAAUCUACAUAGCCUUUAAAUUAUAAAGUCUGCUUUAAUUGUUAGAUAUACGAAAUCUUAUUCCAGAAGUCGAUCUACAUUAAUGAGUGUAUAUACAGUGUUUUAGAGGUUACAUCACCUGUAAUUAUUAACGACUACAGUGACACCUGUGUGAUGACUUUUGUUUGUCCUACCUGUAAAGUGUUGUGACACCUUUAGGACUGUAAGAUUUUAGUGUGAUUGUAAUAGCAUUGUCCCCCACCUAGUAAUUAGCACCUGGUGUAUGUGGUGUGAUACGGAAAACAAAUUAGCAAAGCCCUGUGUUGACCCAAAAUAAACGGGGAUUGUUACUGCAAUUAAAACCUGUCCUUGCCCCACCUUGGGGACCAUUCCGCCCCACCUGGGGGACCGUUCACAAUCACAGGUACACAUGUUUGUUUACCCAUUAAGAAUUGUGUAUAUGUACCUGUGUAGGGUCACCCCAGACUCAUUGCACACCAGACACAAGAAGGUUUGAUACAAGCUAGAAAGGCCCAGCUAGACUCAGUAUAAGCUAUAUUAGCCUUAGUAAACAGCUGCACACCAUUCAAGGUUAAGAAACAGAUCACUGCUCCUAUACUGCCAUAUAUUAUUGUCAUUUAGAGUCAUGUACGUCCCUGCCAAGCCUGUCACUCAGAUGGAGGUGUAUGCUAUCGCUCAGAGACUCCGUGAGCUGAUGUCGUGUCACGACAAAGCAUCACAUCAAAUCCUUCUUCUCGAUUGUCGUAUUAGAGAAAAUGUCCGUCGCCAUCGCCGACUGUCUCCCUCCCCAGUAUUCUCCCAAUUUCGUAUUCGCCUGGAGGAACGUAUCAGUAUCUAUGAGUGGAUGCGGGAAGCUUACGAUGAGUAUCGUCAUGUCAAGUGGGUCACAAUCCAGCAGGUCAUCUUCACCAUGUUCAAUGGUUACUACGUCCCCCAAACCAUCAACAGCAUCAUCUCCAUAGCAACGCACCACCUGUAUAGCGGCACCGCCAACGACAGCAUGGAGCUUGACAGUGAUGAUGACGAGGAUGAAGAGGCGAUGGACGUACUGCCAGCUAUGGACGGAUCCUUUGUGUCAUAUCAGGGUGAUAGAUUUAUGUGAUUUCUGUACAGUGGUAGGGACUCUGGCCAAUCUAGUGCAUUAACUUUAUUUCACAGGUGCUUUCGCCAGUCUUGUGCUAUGACUUUGCCUUACGCUGACAAGUGAUUAUACACAGAAAGCUAGCCAACGAUAUGGUGACAAUUACUGUGUUUGACAUUUAGUGUAAUUUGUAUGUGAAAAGUGAAACAAAGCCAGUGUGGUGAAAAUCAGCAUAUGACAUAUUUUGAUAUAAGUAAAGUGCAGUGAAAAUAGGACGUUAAAAGGACAUCAAGAAAACCAUCAAUUAAAUGAACUGAUGAAAAAAACCAUGAAAUUAUAUCUUUAUUAAUUUUGAGGUGUAAAUGGAAUAUCCUAUUAUUCAACAAUUUCUAUAAAAGUGUGAUAAUCAAUAUCCUUGUUAUCUAACAUAGCUCACUUAACUUUUAACUGACGUCUUCAGUAGCCGCCAUGUUAGAUCUAAUUAGAGAUUAUUAGUUGCUUAUAUUAAUUAUAAUUUGUAUUUUUGGAAUGGUUUUAAGAUAUUGUUUUACAUUGUUCAGAUAAAUGUUAUUUGUAUUCUCACGAUAGAUUUUGUUAUAGGUGUACUUUGUAUCACCAUUUGUAUGUGGUUGUUAUCAAAAAUAUCUUUUGUAUUGUCAGUAUAUUUCUUAUCAUAGAUGUCUGUUGAAUGUCAGGAUGGUUAUUAUUAUCAAAGCUGUUUUGUAGUCAGGAUACUUUUUAACAAAGAUUCUUUAUAUGUAUUGUUAGGACAUUUUUAUAUCAUUCAUUUUUCUAUUGCUAGGAUGGGUUUUAUCAUCUUUUUAGGAAUUAUUUAAUCAUAAAAGUUUAUUUUUUUAGCACUUUUUUAUAUAUGUGCAUGGUGUUUUAGUUCAUCUAUAGCUAACAUCAAAGACAUUGUAUUUAUUUAGUGUUUCAUCUCAGUACACAUACUGUAUAGUGCCCUCAUUGUAUCCAGUCCCGUCUCUAUAUUAACCUCUCCCUCUCAUGUGUCCUCACUGUAUAGUGCCCUCAUUGUGUACAGUCCCGUCUCUAUAUUAACCUCUCAAUCUCAUGUGU